UGCCUUUAACUUCGCCCAACUCGGGGAAACACUUGGCCGUCUUGAGCAUCUCGGCCAGCAGCAGCAGCCGAAGCGAUGGCCCCGCCGGAACUGUACCACAAGGAGUUUGCCGACGCAGGUCGCAAGGCUGGGCUGCAGAUCUGGAGGAUCGAGCAGCUGGACCUGGUGCCGGUGCCCCAACCUUUGCACGGCAACUUCUACGUGGGCGACGCCUACCUGGUGCUGCACACCUUCAAGAGGAGCAGCGCCACCUUCUACAACCUCCAUUACUGGCUGGGAAAAGAAUGUACUCAGGAUGAAAGCACUGCAGCAGCGAUCUUUACCGUUCAGAUGGAUGAUUAUCUUGGAGGAAAACCUGUGCAGCACCGAGAACUCCAAGGAUAUGAAUCUACACAAUUUGUUGGGUACUUCAAAGAUGGCAUUAAAUAUAAGGCAGGUGGUGUGGCCUCAGGCUUUAAGCAUGUCAUCACAAAUGACCUAAAUGCACGGAGACUUCUGCAUGUCAAAGGUCGGAGAGUGGUUCGAGCCACAGAGGUUCCUCUUAGCUGGGACAACUUCAACAAAGGGGAUUGCUUCAUUGUAGAUCUUGGAAUGGUGAUAUACCAGUGGUGCGGCUCUACGUGCAAUAAAUUCGAGCGCCUGAAAGCGACUCAGGUUGCUGUGGGCAUUCGGGACAAUGAACGGAAUGGAAGAGCUCAGUUGAUGGUCGUGGAGGAAGGGAGUGAGCCUCAAGAACUCCUACAGGUUCUAGGAUGCAAGCCACAACUUCGGGAGGGUGAUGAUAGUGACGAUGAGGCUGCUGAUAUCACCAACAGGAGAAUUGCAAAACUGUACAUGGUAUCGGAUGCAAGUGGGUCCAUGAAGGUUUCAGUUGCUGCUGAAGAAAACCCCUUCUCAAGAGCAAUGCUUCUGUCUGAAGAGUGUUUUAUACUGGAUCAUGGCGUAGCUAGGCAAAUAUUUGUCUGGAAAGGUAAGAAUGCCAAUCCACACGAGAGGAAAGCAGCCAUGAAAACAGCCGAGGAGUUCAUUCAGCAAAUGAAUUAUCCAGCCAACACUCAGAUCCAAGUUCUUCCAGAAGGAGGGGAAACACCAACCUUCACGCAGUUUUUUAGAGACUGGAAGGACAAAGAUCAAAGUGAGGGCUUUGGAAAAGUGUAUGUCACAGAGCGAGUGGCAAGAAUUAAACAGAUUGAAUUUGAUGCUACCAAAUUACACGAGUCUCCACAGAUGGCAGCCCAGCACAACAUGAUCGAUGAUGGCUCUGGGAAAGUGGAGAUCUGGCGAGUGGAAAGCAAUGGCAGGAUCCCUGUAGCACCUGAGAGCUAUGGGCAGUUUUAUGGUGGCGACUGCUACAUCAUCUUGUACACUUAUCCCAAAGGACAGAUCAUCUACACAUGGCAAGGAGCUCAUGCAACUAGAGAUGAGCUGACUACUUCAGCAUUUUUGACUGUCCAACUUGAUCGGUCACUCAAAGGGCGUGCCGUCCAGAUCAGAGUCAGCCAAGGCAAGGAACCUCCACACUUGCUGAGUUUGUUCAAAGAUAAGCCGCUCAUCAUUUACAAGGAUGGGACAUCCAAGAAAGGAGGUCAAGUGCCAGCUCCUCCAAGGCGCUUGUUCCAAAUCCGCAGAAACCUAGCAACCAUCACCAGGAUUGUAGAGGUUGACGUUGAUGCUGCUUCGUUGAAUUCCAAUGAUGUUUUUGUUUUGAAACUGCCAAAUAACUCUGGAUAUACUUGGGUUGGUAGAGGAGCGAGCAGAGAAGAAGAAAAAGGAGCUCAGUAUACAGCAAAUAUCCUGAAAUGUCAAACUGUGAGGAUUGACGAAGGCCAGGAACCAGAGGAAUUUUGGAGUGCUCUGGGUGGAAAGAAAAAAUACCAGACAUCUGCACAAUUACAGACUGACUCAGAAGACCAUCCUCCCCGCCUUUAUGGAUGUUCUAAUAAGACUGGCAGGUUUAUAAUUGAGGAAGUUCCUGGAGAAUUCACUCAGGAAGAUUUGGCUGAAGAUGAUGUCAUGUUGUUUGAUACUUGGGAUCAGGUAUUUGUGUGGAUUGGCAAAGAUGCAAAUGAACUAGAACGCACUGAAUCAGUGAAAUCUGCCAAACGCUACAUUGAGACUGAUCCAUCUGGACGAGACAAAGGCAUCCCGCUUGUUAUUGUACAACAGGGUUAUGAACCCCCAACGUUCACAGGAUGGUUCUUGGGCUGGGAUUACAACAAAUGGAAAAACUGAACAGGAAAAGAAACCCGGAGCAGAUAUUGGAGCACAGCCAUUCUCCAGCAACUUUAAGCAUGUACUUGCAUAUUAGUGUGCGUGCUGCUGUUGCAGUCCAUGUCCCAAUUGUGUGUGCAUAUGGGUAUAAUGUAACACAUGCACAUUCUCUAGGCAUAGAUACAUGUUUCUGGAUUGAACUGGAAAUCGUUCUUUGCCAAAUCUAUGAAUUUUGGGGUGUGUGAAGGGAAAGUCUUAUACUCUGUGCACUGCUUCUGGAUGCCAUUGCAAAUCCUAAUUUUCCUAACUGAAGUUUGAAAAAGGCCUGCAGAAUUCCUACCACAUAGCCUUCUGUUCUGUCUGUUGCUUUGCUUAGUAUUCACACGAGUGGGGCCUCUGUGACGAAUGGUGAUGGAUGAGCACCCUAAAGAGGUGUGCCUGGCCACUAUUUUGUAUGCUUUUUGG